GCCAUUGGCCCCGCUAACCAGCGGCGCUAGGCGAUUGGCUGCGGGCGGGCGGCGCGGUGGGCGGGCCGGGCCGAGCCGGGCCGGGCCGGUGUCCGCCGUUAGGUGAGGUAGGGCCCGGGCUGUCGCCGCCGCUUCCGGGUUCCGUGUGGAGCCGCCGCGGACGGCGAUGGCUUCUAUAGGUGCUGGCACAAAAACAAUUUAGCAAUGGAUCAAAGAAAAAAUGAUAGCUUUGUCCCAAGUAUCACACAGUUGGAAGACUUCUUAACAGAACAUGACUCCAAUGUUGUUUGGCUGCUAGUAGCGACAAUAUUGUCUUGUGGAUGGAUUAUCUACCUAACUUACUAUAAUUCCCGGAACAUUGGACUGAUCCUAACAUUGGUUCUUAACAGACUGUAUAAACAUGGCUACAUCCAUAUUGGUUCCUUUUCGUUCUCUGUGCUGUCUGGAAAAGUCAUGGUUCGCGAAAUCUAUUUCAUCACAGAAGACAUGUCUAUCAGAAUCCAAGAUGGAUUUAUCAUAUUUCGCUGGUGGAAGAUGUACAACCCUAAACAGAAGCAGCAUGAUCCAAAGGCAGAAACAAGACUGUAUAUUAUGGUGAAUGACUUUGAAUUUCAUGUGUACAACCGUUCUGAGCUUUAUGGACAACUUCAAGAGCUAUUUGGCUUGGAUCCCACAAUAAUUCCAGCCAAGAAAGAUGAUGAAAAAGCACAAGUGAAUGGAAGGCAGAGAACACAUACCAAUCUUGAAAGUGUAAAAGUAAAAACAGAAUCUCAAGACCCUUCUUCUUCAUGGAGAUCACUCAUUCCCGUUAUUAAAGUCAAUGUGAGCACGGGUCGCUUGGCAUUUGGGAAUCAUUAUCAACCACAAACACUUUGCAUUAACUUCGAUGAUGCUUUUUUGACAUAUACCACAAAGCCACCUUCCAGCCACCUUGAUCAGUUUAUGCAUAUUGUGAAAGGAAAAUUGGAGAAUGUUAGAGUCAUGCUGGUUCCAAGUCCAAGAUAUGUUGGUCUUCAAAAUGAUGAACCACCGAGGCUGAUGGGUGAAGGAUUUGUGGUAAUGCAGUCCAAUGAUGUUGACAUCUAUUAUUAUAUGGAUGAACCAGGUCUUGUACCAGAGGAGACAGAGGAAAGUAAUGAUGGAGAAGCUAACAACGAAGAUAGCAAAUUACAGGACCUGCCACCAUGCUGGGGUUUGGACAUUGUUUGUGGAAAAGGAACAGACUUCAACUAUGGACCUUGGGCUGAUAGGCAAAGGGAUUGCUUGUGGAAGUUUUUCUUUCCGCCAGACUACCAAGUUAUGAAAAUCUCUGAAAUUGCUCAGCCUGGGAAACCGAGACAGAUUCUUGCAUUUGAACUGCGGAUGAAUAUUAUUGCAGAUGCCACCAUUGAUUUGCUUUUUACAAAAAAUAGGGAAACAAAUGCUGUCCAUGUAAAUGUUGGUGCAGGAUCAUAUUUGGAAGUAAAUAUUCCCAUGACAGUUGGUGAAAAUGGCUAUUCACCUACAAUUAAAGGCCAGCUUCUACAUGUUGAUGCCACCAGCAGUAUGCAGUAUCGGACUCUCUUAGAAGCUGAAAUGCUAGCUUUUCACAUUAAUGCCAGUUAUCCCCGGAUAUGGAACAUGCCACAGACAUGGCAAUGUGAACUUGAGGUUUAUAAAGCAACAUAUCAUUUUAUCUUUGCUCAGAAAAGCUUCUUUACAGAUUUGAUCCAAGACUGGUCUAGUGAUAGUGCACCUGAUAUUUAUUCAUUUGUUCCUUAUAUGUGGAACUUCAAAGUCAUGUUUCAUCAAUUUGAAAUGAUUUGGGCAGCUAAUCAACACAACUGGAUUGACUGUUCCACCAAACAACAAGAAAAUGUUUAUCUAGCAGCUUGUGGAGAAACAUUAAACAUUGUUUUCUCUCUGCCUUUCACUGACUUUGUUCCAACUACAUGCAAUACCAGAUUCUCUUUAAAGGGAGAAGAUGUUGAUCUUCAUUUGUAUCUACCAGAUUGUCAUCCUAGCAAAUAUUCUCUUUUUAUGUUGGUGAAAGAUUGUCAACCUAAUAAAAUAAAUCCUGAAUCUUGCAUUUCUGGUGAAUGUCCAAGUGGUCAGAAAACAGGCAAACCCAAGUGGAGGAACAUUACUCAGGAAGAGGCUGGAUGGGUUGAAUGCUGGACAGUCCCAAGUGUUGUGUUUACGAUUGACUACUCGUGGCACCCAAUUUAUCCUCAAAAGGCAGAUGAGCAGUUAAAACAAUCCUUGUCAGAAAUGGAAGAAACAAUGCUAUCUGUGCUAAGGCCGUCACAGAAGACAUCUGAGAGUGUGAUUUCAUCUCCCACUGCUUCGACACGCCUUCCCCUUGACCCUGCAGAGCUGCCCCCAGAUAAGCUCCAUGUGGAACUGGAACUCUCUCCAGAUUCCCAGAUAACUCUGUAUGGACCAUUGCUUAAAGCCUUUCUAUCUAUAAAGGAAAAUUAUUUUGGAGAAGAUGACAUGUAUACUGAUUUUGAAGAAGUUAUUUCAAGCCCUGUUUUGUCUCUGUCAACAUCUUCGAGCUCUGGAUGGACAGCUGUGGGAGUAGAAAAUGAAAAGAAGGAAAAUGAAAGCUCAGUCAAGCCAGUUCACCCUCUUACUCUACGUCCAUGGGAUAUUACUGUCCUUGUUAAUUUGUACAAAGUGCACGGGCGAUUGCCAGUGCAUUGUAGUCCUGAUGGUCCUGAGUGCCCUACAGCUUUCUUGGAGAGGUUGUGUUUUGAGAUGAAGAAAGGAUUUAGAGAAACAAUGCUUCAGCUUGUGCUGUCUCCAGUGAAUUUGUUUCUGAAUGACAAUUAUCAGAGACCGGCAGCUGAUGAAGUCCUUCGAGAGGGCCACAUUAGUCUAUCAGGUCUGCAGUUGCGUGCCCACGCGAUGUUUUCUGCAGAAGGUUUGCCUCUUGGAAGUGAUACUUUAGAAUAUGCAUGGCUAAUAGAUGUACAGGCUGGAAGUCUUACUGCCAAAGUUACAGCACCACAGCUUGCAAGUCUUCUGGAAUGGGGGCAGACCUUUGUGUUUCAUGUAGUGUGCCGUGAGUUUGAACUGGAAAGACCUAAAUCUGUAAUAAUAUGCCAGCAUGGAAUUGAUCGUCGUUUUUGUGACUCUAAGAUGAACUGUGUCCCUGGGCCAUGUCCAACAUCUGAUGAUUUAAAGUACACAAUGACACGCUUAGCCAUGGAUGGUGCAGAUCUGUAUGUGGUAGAACAUGGCUGUGCCACCAACAUAAAGAUGGGUACUAUACGUAUUGCAAACUGCAACCUCCACAACCAGUCUGUUGGAGAAGGUGUAAGCGCUGCUAUUCAAGAUCUUCAGUUGAGACAAUAUGUUGAGCAGGUGAACAACUGCAGAACUGGUCUUCAGCCAAUCCUAAGGAGGGCAUAUUGGCUGGAAGCUGGAUCUGUCAACUUGGGACUCAUCACUGCUGACAUUGCUUUAGCUGCAGAUCAUCCUUCUAAACAUGAAGUACAGAGGCAUUUCUUGGAAAUGCAUGAUAACCGAACUAAAAGAUUGUGGUUUUUGUGGCCUGAUGACAAUUUGAAGAAUAAGAGAAGCAAGAACAAGUGUGGCUGCCUGGGUGGUUGUCGAUUCUUCGGUGGCACGCUAACAGGACUGGACUUUUUCAAGCUGGAGGAACUGACACCUUCAAGCAGCUCUGCUUUCUCAAGUACAAGUGCAGAAUCUGAUAUGUUUUAUGGUCAGUCAUUACUGCAGCCAGGAGAAUGGAUAAUUACUAAAGAGAUUCCUAAAAUUUUAGAUGGUAAAACAAAUGGUGUAAAACGAAAGGAUUGGGAUUGUAGAUCUGUAGGUAUAGAAAUAGAAAGAAAGGCACAGCAUCUAAGCCUCCAAGUGCCACUGCGCUCCCACAGCUCCUCAUCAUCUUCAGAGGAAACGAGCAGUUCCAGUGCUGCCCUCCCAUUGCUUGCAGGUGAGAAGGACAGCCCAUCUUCAACUGCUGAGGAUCACUUGGGACAGAAGGAGUUCUUGUCUGGUACAAAAAGAGAGGAUGGUCAUGGAAGUGUCUCAGCUGAUGGUGCGGAGGGAAGCCCUGCAUCCCCUAGCAGCCAGGAAAGGCCUGUUGGUCAGUCUCCCAUGAGGUCUCCUCUGAAACGACAGGCAUCUGUGUGUUCCACCCGGCUUGGCAGCACCAAGAGCCUCACAGCAGCCUUUUAUGGAGACAAGCAGCCUGUUGCAGUUGGCGUGCAGUUCAGUAGUGAUGUGUCUCGCAGUGAUGAGAACGUGUUAGACUCCCCAAAGCAGAGGAGGAGCUUUGGUUCUUUUCCUUAUACUCCAUCUGCAGAUUCAAAUUCAUUUCACCAGUAUCGCUCAAUGGAUUCCAGUAUGUCAAUGGCUGAUAGCGAAGCUUAUUUUUCUGCAGCAGAAGAGUUUGAGCCAAUUAGUAGUGAUGAAGGUCCAGGAACUUACCCAGGGAGAAAGAAGAGAAAAAAGCAAGCUCAGAAAAUUGAAUACAGCAGAGGGUCUAUUUAUCACAGUGUGGAAGGACCCUUAACAAGUUCUGUCCAUGGGGAAAUUAAUCAGGAUGUUAAAACGUUGCCAAUUAAGACUCAUCCUUCACAGACUUCGUUUGUUUCAGCUCUAGGAGGGGAGGAUGAGCAUAUUGAGAACAUUUAUGUCAUGGAAUCUGGGAAGACUGUAGAAAGUGAACAAAUAACUUCCCAGCAGCCUGUAAUGGCAUGUUACCAGAACUAUCUUACACAGUUCCAGGUGAUCAAUUGGUCAGUAAAGCAUCCAACUAACAAAAGAACUUCAAAAUCCUCAUUGCAUCGCCCUUUAGACCUCGACACACCAACAAGUGAAGAAAGUUCAUCGUCUUUUGAGCAACUUUCUAUCCCUACUUUUAAGAUUGUUAAGCAGGGUCUCACAGCUAAUUCGUUACUGGACAGAGGCAUGCAGCUUACAGGAUCAACAUCUAAUACACCUUACACUCCUUUGGAUAAGAAGUCUGCAGAAAAUACUGAUGAUGAAACUAUAACAGAAGAAUGGACAUUAGAUCAUCCAGUCUUCCAGACAAGGACAACAGCAAUAGUAGAAGUAAAAGGAACUGUAGAUGUAGUUCUGACUCCUCUUGUUGCAGAGGCAUUGGACAGGUAUAUAGAAGCAAUGGUGCACUGUGCUAGCUCUCGACAUCCAGCAGCCAUUGUUGAUGAUCUUCAUUGCAAAGUUCUUCGAGAUGCUGUACAGAACAGCAAAACAAGCUUCUCGGAAAAUCUAUCUUCCAAGCAGGAUAUUAGAGGAACAAAAAUAGAUGCUACUACUACAGGCACAACAAACCAGGGACCAGCACAGACAAAUCUCUCACUUAAGCAAGAUAAUGUGACAAUUAAAGGCCUUCAGGCUAAUGUUACUGUACCAAAGGUGAACCUGUGUUUACUACAAGCAUCUGUUGAUGAAUCCCCAGGGGUUUCUUCUGGCAAAACUGUGACUCAUGUUUCAUUAGUAGCUUUGUGCUUUGAUCGAAUUGCUACACAAGUUCGUAUGAAUAGGGGUAUAGUUGAGGAGUCUUCAAACACUGCAGAGACUGGGAGGAAUUCUGUCACAUUUGAUCGUUACAUCCAAGCCAGUAAAAUGCAGCCCCAGUCUUCUGGCUCACUGAGAUCCAAUGCUGGAGCAGAAAAAGGAAAAGAAAUUGCUGCUAAACUGAAUAUCCAUCGUGUUCAUGGACAGCUUAGAGGCCUUGAUACAACGGAUAUUGGGACUUGUGCAAUAACAGCAAUUCCUUUUGGGAAAUCGAAAGUUCUUUUUACUUUGGAAGAGUUGGAUGAGUUUACUUUUGUGGAUGAAACAGAGCAACAAGCUGUUCCAGAUGUAACUCGAAUUGGUCCUAGUCAAGAGAAGUGGGGUUGGAUAAUGUUCGAAUGUGGAAUUGAAAAUUUAACUAUAAAAGGAGGAAGACAAUCUGGUGCAGUAUUGUAUAAUACAUUUGGAGUCAUGGGUAAAUCAAGUGCCACUGAGAGGGGUGGACUGCUUGCAUCAAAUAACUCUUCAGAUUCUCCAACUGGUAGUGGUUAUAAUACUGAUGUGUCUGAUGAUAACCUUCCUUGUGAUAGAAUAAGUCCCUCUUCAGAUAUUAAUGGAAACUCAGUUUCAGAUGAGCAGGAUGAAGGGGUUGAAUCUGAUGAUCUGAAAAAAGAUAUCCCUUUGAUGCCUCCUCCGCCUGACUCUUGCAGCAUGAAGUUAACAAUCAAAGAAAUUUGGUUUAGCUUUGCAGCCCCCACCAAUGUACGAUCUCCAGCCCAUGUAUUUUCAAGGCAGCUGAACCUCCUGAGUACUGCAACUCCUGCAGUUGGUGCUUGGCUUGUUCCCAUUGAUCAAGUGAAAUCAUCUUUAAAUAAACUAGAGACUGAAGGAACCCUGCGAAUUUGUGCUGUUAUGGGUUGCAUUAUGACAGAAGCAUUAGAGAAUAAAAGUGUGCACUUUCCUCUGAGAAGCAAGUACAACAGGCUCACCAAAGUGGCUCGUUUCUUGCAAGAAAAUCCUUCUUGUUUACUGUGUAAUAUAUUGCACCAUUACCUGCACCAAGCAAACUACUCAAUUAUUGAGGAUGCCACCAUGAGUGAUGGCCUUCCUGCUUUAGUUACCUUAAAGAAAGGUCUGGUUGCCCUAGCGAGGCAGUGGAUGAAGUUCAUUGUAGUGACCCCAGCCUUUAAAGGAGUCAGCUUACACAGACCAACUCAGCCUGUGAAACUGCAUACAAAUGUUUGCCGUGAGCACGAGGACGGGCUUGGAUUGGAUGGAGGGGGUCUUCAGAGUGACACAAGUGCUGACGGAGCAGAGUUUGAAUUUGAUGCAGCUACUGUCAGCGAGCAUACAAUGCUCUUGGAAGGAACAGCUAAUCGACCUCCACCUACUAGUGGCUCUUCUGGGCCUGUUACUGGUGCUGAGAUCAUGAGGAAAUUGUCCAAGACUCACACUCAUAGUGAUUCUGUUCUGAAAAUAAAGGGUAUACAUCCGUAUCAUUCCUUAAGUUACACCAGUGGAGAUACAGCUACGGAUUCACCAGUGCAUGUUGGCCGUUCUGGCAUGGCAGUCAAAGAAAGUCCAAGAAAAGAAAGUCUGCUCAGCUAUCUUACUGGAAGUUUUCCUAGCUUGCAUAAUCUUCUGGAAGGAACUCCUCAAAGAAGUACAACUGCAGUUAAAAGUAGUUCUUUAACAAGAACAGGAAAUACUGUGGCCACAGAUAUGUUAUCUGAACAUCCUUUGCUGUCUGAACCAUCUUCAGUGAGUUUCUACAACUGGAUGUCAAAUGCUGUGGGCAACAGAGGGAGUGUAGUACAAGAAAGUCCAGCCACCAAAUCUGGCCACAACAGUCUUCCAACAGGUGUUGCACCCAAUCUUCCUACCAUACCCUCUGCUUCAGACUUCAACACAGUUCUGUCUAGUGACCAGAACACCCUGGAUGGCACACAUUCACAGCACAGCACCAGUCAGGAUGACAUUGCAGGUGUGGAAGAAGGUAACCAGGGAUUUCCUGCUGUCCAGCUAGCGGAUGCACAGGUUGUUUUCAAACCUCUUCUAAGUUACACAGGGAUUCAGUCUCAGGAUGCAAUGCCACUCUGCUACAGAAUGUACUUUGGAGAGUACCUAUCAUUCUCAGGAACUUUGGACUGCCUCAGAGCAGAUAUUGUUGAUUCAGAUACAGCAAAGGACAGAAAAAGCAAGCGAGCUCGAAGACAAGGAGCUGUCAACCUUCCUCCUCUUGAAUUCAAACCAGCUUUGAUGUUGGAAACUUUCAGUAUUAGUGCAGUUGUAAUGGAGAAAUCCAUGUGCACACCCCAUCACUCUGCCAAUGCCCUUUCUUUUCAUGACUUGAAUAAACGCUAUUAUAACACUUUUCACUGUAACUUCACCAUAUCUUGCCAGUCCAUAAGCCAACACGUAGAUAUGGCACUGGUUCGUCUUAUUCAUCAGUUCAGUACAAUGGUUGAUGAUAUCAAAGCCACACAAACAGACAUCAAACUUAGCAGAUACACAGCUGGUUCUGCCUCUCCAACACCUACUUUUAAAACCCGAAAACACAGAGACUUUCGCUCCUCCGAUUUUAGCCGAAGCUCUCGAGGAAGUCUUAAUGGAGGUAACAGAGUGAACAACACUAAGAACAAACGAGCAAACAAUGAGAACAAUAAGAAGGAGUCUAGAAACAAGAAUUCCUUGGGCAGGUCGGAAAGAAGAACUUCUAAAGUGUCCAGGAAAGGCUCAAAAGAUGUGGUUGACAUGACUAUUCAUAUGGAUGACUCUGACUCUAUUACUGUGUCAGAACAGAGUGAACCUUCUGCUGAGUGUUGGCAAAAUAUGUAUAAACUAUUGAACUUCUAUUCACUCAUUUCUGAUCCAACUGGGAUUUUAGAAAAGUCUUCUGAAACCUUUGGGCCAACAGGUGUUCGAAGCCCAACUGAACCUGCUUGCAGAGUGGUGUUUGAGAAUGAACAGGAUAAUGGCAGAGAUGUGCAGAGAAAGCGCAGUCUGGUGACUUCGGAGCCACAGCACGUGACUCUCAUAGUGUUUGGGAUAGGCAUGGUGAAUCGAACCCACCUGGAGGCAGAUAUUGGUGGUCUGACAAUGGAAUCGGAGCUGAAGAGAAUCCAUGGCAGUUUCACUUUGAAAGAAAAAAUGAAAGAUGUACUACAUCAGAAGAUGACCGAGACGUGUGCCACUGCUCACAUAGGAGGUGUCAAUAUUGUCCUGCUGGAAGGAAUUACCCCAAAUAUUCAACUGGAGGAUUUUCCUACAUCUCCUACAAGCACAGCCAAACAAGAGUUUCUAACUGUAGUGAAAUGCAGUGUUGCCAAAUCCCAAGCCUUGUAUAGUGCCCAGAGAGGGCUGAAAACAAACAACGCUGCUGUGGUCAAAGUUGGAGCCAUCAGCAUCAACAUUCCACAGCACCCUGCCACGCUGCACAGCAUGAUGGUGCGCAGUUCUCACCAGCUGUCCAAGCAGAUUUCAGAUCUCAUCAGGCAGCCAUCAACUGCCUCUCAGCCCACAAAAGAAGAUGUUGCAACUCCAUUGCCCUCUGAAAAGACUCCAACAAGUAUUAAUCAAACACCUGUUGAAACAAAUGAAUUUCCACAGCUGCCAGAAGGCUUAGAAAAGAAGCCUAUAGUUCUUAAAUUCAGUGCCAUGAUAGAUGGCAUAGCUAUUGGAGCAGCACUCUUGCCCUCUCUAAAGGCAGAAUAUAAGAUGGGAAGAAUGCGGAGUCAUGGAAUGACAGGUGCCCAGACAAGAUUUAAUUUUGAGCUUCCAAGUCAUAGAUUGCGCUUCACUUCAAAAGUCUCUGCCACUGAUAUGUCAACCAUUCCUCCUUCUGCAAGUCUCAACCUUCCUCCUGUCACUAUGUCAGGCAAAUAUAUCAUGGAAGAACAUGAUACUUACUCAGACCAAAUAUGGAGCAUAGAUGAACUGCCUGCUAAACAAGGCUAUUACCUACAGGGGAACUACUUACGUUGUGUGGCUGAAGUUGGUUCCUUUGAACAUAAUCUCACAACUGAUCUCUUGAAUCAUUUAGUAUUUGUACAAAAAGUGUUCAUGAAGGAGGUAAAUGAAGUGAUACAGAAAGUUUCAGGAGGUGAGCAGCCAAUACCUCUUUGGAAUGAACAUGAUGGCACAAGUGAUGGAGAAAAACCAAAAAUUCUUCUUUAUUCAUUGAGCCUGCAGUUUAAGGGAAUUCAAGUGACGGCUACAACACCCUCGAUGCGAGCUGUAAGAUUUGAAACUGGAUUGAUAGAACUUGAACUCUCAAACAGACUUCAAACCAAAGCAAUGCCUGGAAGUAGCAGCUACCUCAAACUGUUUGGGAAAUGCCAAGUGGAUUUAAAUCUGGCACUAGGACAGAUUGUUAAACAUCAGGUUUAUGAAGAAGCUGGCUCAGACUUUCAUCAAGUCGCCUAUUUUAAGACAAGAAUUGGAUUAAGAAAUGCUCUCCGAGAAGAAAUCAGUGGCUCAUCGGAUAGAGAAGCUGUCCUUAUUACUUUGAACAGACCAAUUGUUUUUGCUCAGCCUGUGGCCUUUGAUAGAGCUGUGCUAUUCUGGCUGAACUACAAGGCUGCAUAUGACAACUGGAAUGAGCAGAGAAUGGCUUUGCAUAAAGAUAUUCAUAUGGCCACAAAAGAAGUAGUAGACAUGCUGCCUGGAAUCCAGCAAACCUCUGCACAGGCUUUUGGGACUCUAUUUCUUCAGCUGACUGUAAAUGACUUAGGAAUUUGCCUACCCAUCACAAACACACCUCAGUCUAACCAUACAGCUGAUCUUGAUACCGGCUCUGCUUUAGUCCUGACCAUUGAGAGCACAUUAAUCACUGCCUGCUCCUCAGAGUCUUUAGUAAGCAAAGGUCACUUUAAAAACUUCUGUAUCCGCUUUGCUGAUGGCUUUGAGACAAGUUGGGAUGACUGGAAACCAGAAAUAAGAGGAGAUCUAGUCAUGAAUGCAUGUGUUGUGCCAGAUGGUACGUAUGAAGUAUGUUCUAGGACAACAGGACAAGCUGCAGCAGAAAGUAGUAGUGCUGGAACCUGGACACUGAAUGUAUUAUGGAAGAUGUGUGGUAUUGAUGUUCAUAUGGAUCCUAACAUUGGGAAAAGACUGAAUGCUUUAGGCAACACCCUCACAACGCUGACAGGAGAAGAAGAUAUUGAUGAUAUUGCUGACCUCAACUCUGUAAACAUAGCUGACUUGUCAGAUGAGGAUGAAGUUGACACUAUGUCUCCUACUAUACAUGCAGAAAUUGUUGAUCACCGGCGGCAGGGAGCUUCUAGCAUUCAAACUGGAGAACAGCGAGGAAGAAAAUUUGUGAAACGUUUAGUUGAUAUCAGAGAACUCAAUGAGCAAGCUAAAGUUAUUGAUGACUUAAAAAAAUUAGGUGCAAGUGAAGGAACUAUAAAUCAAGAAAUUCAGCGCUAUCAGCAACUGGAGUCGGUGGCUGUGAAUGACAUCCGCCGAGAUGUUCGAAAAAAGCUACGUCGAUCCAGUAUGAGGGCUGCUUCCUUGAAAGACAAAUGGGGUCUCAGCUACAAGCCUAGCUACAGCCGAUCAAAGAGUAUUUCAGCGUCAGGAAGACCACCUCUGAAGAGAAUGGACAGAACAAGUUCUCGACUAGGAGACAGUGAAGAUCUCCCAGAUAUCCGGGUAGAUGCUGCAUCUCCUGGGCCAAGAGUGACUUUCAACAUACAGGAUUCUUUGAAUAAAACGGUUUUGGGGAUUGCACAACAAUCCAGCUCUCCAGGGGAAGGGUAUUUUCAGUUUCCAGAGGAGACAGAAAUGGACCUUUUGUCUGUAAUUAUUGAUGGUCCCUCCCAUUACUCAUCUCCUAGUGAAGGCUCAUGCUCAGUAUUUGGUUCACCUAAAACUCCAGCAGUCUUCUCACCUGGCAUUCCCUUCCAGCCUGAAGAAGGACGUCGGGACGACAGCUUAUCAUCAAGCAGUGAAGAUUCCGAGAAGGAAGAUGAUCAUGAACGAGAGCGAACGUAUUUUUAUAGGAAACCACCGAGUACAUCUCGCAAGAAAGCAACAGGCUUUGCUGCUGUCCACCAACUCUUCACUGAGCGCUGGCCAACAACACCUACAAACAGAAGUAUGACUGGCACAACCACUGAGAGAAAUAUUGACUUUGAACUUGAUAUCAGGGUUGAAAUUGAUUGUGGAAAAUGUGUAUUGCACCCCACAACACUUCAGCAAGAACACGAUGACAUUAGUUUAAGAAGGAGUUAUGAUCGGAGUUCCAGAAGCUUGGAUCGAGAGUCUCCUUCAAAAAAGAAGAAAUUCCAGACAAAUUAUGCAUCUACCAGUCACUUACUAGCUGGCAAGAAAGUGCCAUCAUCUCUACAAACAAAAUCUAGCGAAGUGGAAACAACAGUUUUUUAUAUUCCUGGGGUGGAUGUAAAGUUACACUACAACUCUAAGACUUUAAAGACUGAAUCGCCAAAUACUUCUCGAGGAUCAUCUUUGCCAAGAACCCUUUCCAAAGAGUCCAAACUGUAUGGUAUGAAAGAUACUGCCACAUCUCUUUUAUCUAGCACUAUCCACAGCAAGACUAACACCUUACUUCCUCCCCAACCCCCACCCAUCCCAUCAGCCAAAGGAAAAGGAAGUGGUGGAGUGAAAACUGCGAAACUGUAUGCAUGGGUUGCACUUCAGUCGCUGCCAGAGGAAAUGGUGAUUAGCCCAUGCUUACUGGAUUUCCUAGAGAAAGCUCUUGAAACCAUUCCAAUUACACCAAUUGAAAGGAAUUACACAGCUGUUAGCUCACAAGAUGAAGACAUGGGACAAUUUGAUAUACAAGACCAAUUAGAAGAGUCCACAACAUCAUUAGUAUCAUCAUCGACGUCAGCAUAUUCAUCCUUCCCUGUAGAUGUGGUGGUUUAUGUACGGGUUCAGCCUUCUCAAAUCAAGUUUAGUUGUUUGCCAGUAUCAAGAGUUGAAUGUAUGCUGAAAUUGCCUUCCCUGGAUCUUGUUUUCUCUUCAAACCGAGGAGAAUUGGAAACUUUAGGUACAAUGUACCCAUCAGAAAAUGUGUCUGUUGGUGGCAGUACUCCACAGACCAGCUCAAAGAAUUCAGUUAGUAAAUCUGGAGCACCAGGUUCAUCACCUGGACUAGGCAGUCCUCUUGGCAGAACACGCCACAGCAGCAGCCAGUCAGACUUGACCACUUCUAGCAGCAGCUCUUCAGGCCUGAGCUUUACUGCCUGCAUGUCUGACUUUUCCCUUUAUGUGUUCCAUCCGUAUGGAGCUGGAAAACAAAAGACUGCUGUUACUGUUUUAACUCCUGGAUCAGGAGCCUUAGGGAAUGUGGAUGAGGAACCGACUUCGGUCACUGGUCGGAAGGAUUCCUUGAGCAUUAACCUUGAGUUUGUGAAAGUCAGCCUGUCAAGAAUAAGGCGUUCAGGAGGCUCCUCAUUUUUUGAGAGUCAGUCUGCAAGCAAAACUGCAAGCAAGAUAGAUACGACUUUGAUAAACAUCUCUGCUGUCUGUGACAUAGGAUCUGCAUCUUUUAAAUAUGAUAUGCGUCGACUCAGUGAGAUUUUAGCCUUCCCAAGGGCGUGGUACAGGAGAAGCAUUGCUAGACGACUUUUCCUGGGUGAUCAAACCAUAAAUCUGCCAGUAGCAUCAGGUCCUGGAACACCAGAUUCAAUUGAAGGAGUCAGCCAACAUCUUUCUCCUGAAUCAUCACGGAAAGCGUACUGCAGGACAUGGGAGCAACCCUGCCAGUCUGCUUCAUUUACACACAUGGCACAGUCACCUAAUGUUUUUAAUGAACAUAAUGCAAACAGUAGCAUGUCACCAGGGACAGCAGCUCAUAACUUAAAGUCUCCAGCUGUUACAAGAUCCAGGAGUGUGUCUGAUUCUUCAGUGCCUCAGAGAGAUGCACUCUCAAAAACAUCAACUCCAUUUAAUAAAUCAAAUAAGGCUGGAAGCCCCCAAGGAACACCAUGGGAAACACUGGUUGUAUUUGCUAUGAACCUGAAGCAAUUAAAUGUCCAAAUGAAUAUGAGCAACGUAAUGGGCAAUACCACGUGGACCACGAGUGGUUUGAAAAGCCAAGGUCGUUUGUCUGUGGGCAGUAGCAGAGAUCGAGAAAUUAGCAUGUCUGUUGGUUUGGGAAGAUCACAGCUGGAUUCUAGAGGUGGAGUUGUUGGUGGUACCAUAGAUGUUAAUACCCUGGAGAUGGUGGCUCAUAUUUCUGAGCACCCAAACCAACAGCCCAGUCAUAAAAUUCAGAUUACCAUGGGUUCUACUGAAGCACGUGUUGACUAUAUGGGUUCCAGUAUCCUAAUGGGAAUCUUCAGUAAUGCAGAUCUUAAACUACAGGAUGAAUGGAAAAUUAACCUAUAUAAUGCUUUGGACUCAAGCAUCUCUGAUAAAAGUGAGAUAUUUGUCCAUGGGGACUUGAAAUGGGAUAUCUUCCAAGUGAUGAUUUCAAGAUCGACUACUCCAGAUCUAAUAAAAAUAGGAAUGAAACUCCAGGAGUUCUUCACUCAACAGUUUGACACAAGCAAACGAGCACUGUCUACCUGGGGACCCGUUCCUUAUCUGCCUCCCAAGACAGUGGUCAACAACUUGGAGAGAAGCUCACAUGAGCAAUUAUUAGAUGCAGCCCAUCAUCGUCAUUGGCCAGGAGUUCUGAAGGUGGUGUCUGGAUGCCAUAUAUCCUUAUUUCAGAUGCCAUUGCCAGAAGAUGGAAUGCAGUUUGGAGGAUCCAUGAGCUUGCAUGGAAACCAUAUGACUCUGGCUUGUUUCCAUGGGCCGAAUUUCCGUUCAAAAUCUUGGGCCUUAUUUCACCUUGAAGAACCCAAUAUUGCAUUUUGGACGGAAGCACAGAAAGUUUGGGAAGAUGGUACUAGUGAACAUUCUACAUACAUCGUGCAAACCCUAGACUUUCAUUUAGGCCAUAACACUAUGGUCACCAAGCCAUGUGGAGCACUCGAAAGCCCCAUGGCGACAAUCACAAAAAUAACAAGGCGCCGCCAUGAAAACCCUCCACAUGGAGUUGCCAGUGUGAAAGAGUGGUUCAAUUAUGUUACAGCCACAAGGAAUGAAGAGUUAAACUUACUUCGAAAUGUUGACGCUAAUAACCCAGAGAGCAGCACAACUGUGAAAAGCUCAAGCUUGCUGAGUGGUUUCAGAGGUGGUUCUAGUUACAAUCAUGAAACUGAAACCAUCUUUGCACUGCCAAGGAUGCAGCUGGAUUUUAAAUCUAUUCAUGUCCAAGAGCCCCAAGAGCCUUCAUUACAAGAUACAAGCGUUAAACCAAAGGUGGAAUGCAGUGUGGUAACUGAAUUUACAGACCACAUCUGUGUAACUAUGGAUGCUGAAUUGAUCAUGUUUCUGCAUGACUUGGUGUCGGCUUAUCUAAAAGAAAAAGAAAAAGCUAUUUUUCCUCCUCGCAUUUUGGCUUCUCGUCCAGGGCAGAAAAACUCUGCUGGUGUACUUGAGGACAGCUCCACAGAGAGAGAAGCAGAGGAAAGCAUUACUUACACUACAGUUGACUGGAGAGAAUUUAUCUGCAAUACUUGGCAUUUGGAGCCCACACUCAGAUUGAUAUCCUGGACUGGGAGGAAAAUUGACCCCGUUGGUGUUGACUACAUCCUCCAAAAACUGGGCUUCCACCACGCCAGGACUACCAUCCCCAAGUGGCUGCAGCGUGGGGUGAUGGAUCCUUUGGACAAGGUUCUGUCCGUUCUGAUAAAGAAACUCGGUACUGCACUACAGGACGAAAAGGAAAAGAAAGGAAAAGACAAAGAGGAGUACUGAACAAUAAUGUGACAACCA